CCUUUUCAAUCUUUUUGCUUUUUUUUUUUUGCUUUAUGUUUCGUUCAUUACUACUUGCAUGUUUAUAUUUGUACUUUAUUAUUAUCAUUCAAGCUUUGUGUUUCCCAAAAUUACCAAAAUCAAUAGGGUGUAGUUGGGUUGGUUUUUUUUGUUUUCUUUUCUGGAAAGAAAUGUCAUGCUUUCACGCAGUUCGGCUUCUCUCACGGAAAGCUAUAUACAUUGCUUAGAAUUGUCUUCGUUAGGCUGCAUAUAAAAACUUAUUAGAGCACUUUCAACCGCUUCUUUAAUCAAGGUUGACGGAUACUGUUUGCACGUUGAAUAUCAGCUAAGUAAGACAGGUUUUAUUCAAUCUAUUAGAGAACGAUGCAAGCCCUUACUCACGGUGUUCAAGAAAAACUUUUUAUGGCUCCUCCCUUCUAAAGUCGGUAAUAACGGUCAUCUACUCCUGACAUUGGUUCUCCUUAGUCAUUGUAUUA